AUGAUGACAGCAGCCAUAACCGCUAACCGACUAGGCUUUUGUCAACGAUGCGGAGAUCCAAUUUCCAACAAACUUCGAUGUAGUCGUUGUGGUGGAACCAGUAAGGAACCACGUAUUCGAUCCACACAGGCCCUACCGACUGCGGAAAAGAAGCUUGAUCCUUGGGCUACCAAAUAUGUUCGUGGUCAAUUUGGCGAUCCAGGAGAGCAAGGUGCGAAGGGCAAGGCGGAGGAGGAGGAGGAGGAGGAGGAGGGCGAGUAUUUGCAUAAUCAACCACCGCCUGUGUCGCCAAAGAGGGCAAGUUAUGAUCCUGCGUUGGGAUUCGGGAUGCCUUCGCGUAUCUCCCGCGACUUGCGAUCUAGUGUUACAACUCAGGCUAACUCGCUAUCGCUGGAUCUACUAGGUACAAGCCCUAUGCAAGGCUCACGCUUGAGCCCCGCACCGAUAGAAACCACGCGAAGGCUGAGCAACGACUACUCAGCCCCCCUAGUCAAAGGUUCCGAUGGCGUCCUCUCAAAAGUCUGCGGUUCGCUUGUGGAACCCUCUUCGAGGCGCAACCGAUGGGCAUGUGUAGAUUGCAACACGGUUUUUGCUCGCGAUUCAACCCUCUACGCCGCCCCUUGCUCCCUUCAGGCACAAGAUUCAUCUUAUUACUGCCGAGAUUGCUACUGCAAACGAUACUCUCUUGGCUCCUGCUCCGCUUGUAAUCGCGCUGUCUUGGGUUCGACGAAAGAAGACGGCAAAUAUGUUAAGGCUCCAGCUGGGAUUUGGCAUGGGAAAUGUUGGAAGUGUAUCCAUUGCAACACAAAGGAACCCCUCCUGGUCGGGAUCGAUGGUAGACCUGUUUGUGAGGCAUGUUUCGAUCGACCGAAGCCCCGACGCAUUCCCUCUCCCCAACCUUUGAGCACAGCUAAAAGUAGGCAAGAAUUGGGUUUGCCGGAUGUUAGGAGGCUGACAAGGGUGGGAGGCGCGAGCGGAGGCGCUAUGGGUGCGACUAUUGCUGAGUUGACUAAGAAGUUGGCACAAACCUCGGUUUCUAGCUCUAGCUUGACUAGUAGAUCUGCUUCGAACACCUCCCUGUCCAGGUCCGGGUGCAGUGGCAACUCUCUAGAAGCCUCAGCAAAGACAGUCUUUCCGCAAUACAUGCCCACUUCACCAACGAAACCAGCAAUGACUAGCUCGGCAAGUAUAACCGCCAGUCCACCCAAACCGAGACCUUUGACAGCAAGGUUUAGAGAAGGAAUGGAUUUGGCUGCUUUCAAGCCCUCUUUCAGCGGCCAAAGUGAGCCAGGGAUGAUUCGACGAGAUUCGAGGAGUAGGAGCGUAUCACCCUCCAAACCACCCCCUUCUUGCAUUGCUUCUGCAAAACAAACAGAGAAGAACGAGGUUUCGCCAAGCUCCUCACUCGAAGCCAAGGUUCCAGGUAGUCCCUCGCUCACCUCCUCCACCAGGAGUAACCACAAUUUAGGCGUGGUGGUGGACCAACUCGGUCGUCGUCGAACAUCAUCUCGUUUCCCACUGCCGCUCAACUCUCCUUUCUCCAAGAAUGAGCCUACGGAGCCGAAUCAGGGUGAGAAAUCAACCGAUCAGCCGGUUUUGGAGGCUGUGCAAGGUACUGUUCGAUGUGCGGCCUGUCAAUUACUCCCCUUCGAAGGGUCGAGCGCGGAGGAGGUGCUGAUGGUUACACUUGCGGACGGGGUGCAUCUACAUGCCAAAUGCUUCAAAUGCUCCCUCUGUCAAAGCUUGAUUGAUGGCACAAAGACCUUCGUUAGGCUACAACAAGAUGCGCGGGAGGGAUCAAGUGCGUAUGCUCAUCCGCACUGCUCCCCUGCAAUCCAACUUGUUGUGCCAAGGGUGCAAGUAAAGCAAGUGGAUGGGGGACAAAAAAGUUUCAGGACGACUCUAGAUGCUUGCAGUGCAGGUGGCAGUCAUGCAACGCAUCAGAGAGAACUCAAGCCUUCGCCUACUCCUUCCCCUGCUACUUGUAUGCCUGAUAGAACGACGAGGACUAGCAACGUUCGACAGAGUAUCCUACCUCCCACUACACCUUGUGAAAGUGUUGGCACUUUCACCAGCAGCAGUGCAGGUGCAAGCAGGUUUCAACCAACAGCAGGAGCCGCUCCCCCGACCAGCUCCACAAUGUUGGCCUCCUCCCACUCGAAUCCUAGCCGUCGCCAAGGAGUGAACCCGGCAGCAGGGAUUUUCACCCGACUCAACGCACUUUCUUCCGCCUCUGGCACCUCCCUUACCCCUUCUCCUUCACCGAGAGUGUUUGGUGGCAUGCAAACCUGUGCAUAUUGUGGCGAAAAGCUCUCAUCACUCGAAUCCGUGCUUGGCCCUCGUGGAACUCAAUGGCAUAAAAACUGCCUUAUCUGCAGGGCCCCACCGCCGGAGAAAAAAGGAGAGGUGUAUGCAUGGAGAAAACAACGGCCAACCAUUUGUGGCAAGAAACUCGAUAGUGGAGCAAAGGUGAAUAGAGAGGGAGAAGUCAGAUGUAGGGAUUGCUAUGAUAGGCAGUGUAGUUCCUUUAGGGUAAAAGCGUGA